UCGCACUAUACACACAACGCUAGUCUCAUUUUGGUUUUUUUUUUUAAACAAAUGCAUUUGUUUUUUAUUUUCGAACUGUGUGGAGUAAUUGAAGUGGCCAAACGUUCAAACGCUUGUGGAAAAUGGUGUGAGAACGCAAUGCACCAAAAUUUGCGAUAUGCAUUAGCCAACAGCAUCAAAAUAUAAGAUAAAAUUAUCAAGCGACGCAUACAUACACACAUUCACAUUACACACACAUACAUUUCCAUGCAUCAACAAAAAGAACAAGCACAACAACAGCGCACAGCGGUGGCGGCGACAGCGGCGGCUGCGCUGCCAGCUUGCGCCAGUUGCCUCUGCCCGCUGAUCGCCAACAAUCACAACGAUGAGCCGAUAGUGAUGGCACUCGGCCAGCAAUGGCACUGCGAUUGUUUUCGCUGCUCCGUUUGCGACUCCCACUUGCAUAGCUGGUAUUUUGAGCGUGAGAACCUGCUCUAUUGCCGCGAGGAUUAUUAUGCCCGUUUCGGCGACGCCUGUCAGCAGUGCACGGCGGUUAUAACGGGACCCGUGAUGGUUGCCGGCGAGCAUAAAUUUCAUCCGGAAUGCUUCUGCUGUGCCGCCUGCGGCUCAUUCAUUGGCGAGGGCGAGUCCUACGCCUUGGUCGAACGCUCCAAGCUCUAUUGCGGCCUCUGCUAUGGCAAAUGCCUACCCCUCGAUGCUCGGGCACGUAUCACAAAUGCAGGCAAGCCGAUGCACUCCAUACGCCUGGUGGAGAUACCCAAGGAUGCAACGCCCGGUCUGCGUGUGGACGGUGGAGCCUUGGACGAUGGUUGUCCCACUGUGCGGAUAACCGACUUAAUUUGUAAAUUUUAUGGUCGCAUGGGCAAAUACGCCUUCUCCCUGCUUACCUCGGUGGCGGAUCGUUGUUGUGCUUCAUAUAUGAUCGAUGUGAAUCUCACGAAUUUGCAUAUCGGCGAUCGGAUACUGGAGGUCAAUGGCACGCCCGUCAGCAACUCGUCUGUGGAUCAGAUCGACAAGCUGAUACGCAGCAAUGAGAAGAUGCUGCAGCUAACGGUGGAGCACGAUCCGGUGCAGGUGUGUCGCAGCUGCAGCCAAGCGGACAUCCAGCGCGCCAGCUCCGCCUCGACUCUGAUCCUGCCCCUGAGCACGUCCGCCUCCAGUGUUGAGGUCGGUGGCCGUGGCCGGGAGCGCCUGUACAAGGCAGCGGCCACCGAGCCCAGCGGCAAGGUGCGCAAGAUGCGACAGCAAACGUUGCAAUCGCUGCAAAGCAGCAAAUCACUUGUGCCACAACAGUCGCAGCAGCAGCAGCAAGCGCCGCCGUCGCAGCAGCAGCAGCAGCAGCAACAACAUCCACCGGAGCAGCUGUCGUCGCAGCUGAAGGAGAAGGAGCGCUGCUCGAGCCUCUCGAAACUGCUGGACGAACAGCACACGGCGCAGCAGCACUCGGCGCAUCCACAGCUAUACGAUUUGUCGCGCACGCAGAGCUGUCGCGUCGUCCAGAAGCCGCAGCGCAUCUUCCGCGCCUCCGACCUGGUGAUGGGCGAGAAGCUGGGCGAGGGCUUCUUUGGCAAGGUGUUUAAGGUGACGCAUCGGCUCACCGGCGAGCUGAUGGUCCUCAAGGAGCUGCAUCGCGCCGACGAGGAGGCGCAGCGCAAUUUCAUCAAGGAGGUCGCCGUGCUCCGGCUGCUCGACCAUCGGCAUGUGCUCAAGUUCAUCGGCGUGCUCUACAAGGACAAGAAGCUGCACAUGGUCACGGAGUAUGUGGCCGGCGGCUGCCUCAAGGAGCUGAUCCACGACUCGAGUCGCGUGCUCAGCUGGUCGCAGCGCGUCUGCCUGGCCAGGGAUAUCGCCUGCGGCAUGAGCUAUCUGCAUUCGAUGAACAUCAUCCAUCGUGAUCUCAAUUCGAUGAAUUGUCUCGUGCGCGAGGAUCAAUCGGUGAUCGUUGCCGACUUCGGCCUGGCGCGCAGUGUCGAUGCGCCACGCCUGCCCGGCGCUGGCACCGGUCCCGGUGCCGGUGCCGGCUCCACCGCCAGCUCCAACUCGGGCUCCAUCGAUGCCAGUGCCAUGUCGCCCAGCGGCACGCUGCGGCGCAGCAAGAGCCGACAGCGCCGGCAGCGCUACACGGUGGUUGGCAAUCCCUAUUGGAUGGCGCCCGAAAUGAUGAAGGGCCUCAAGUACGAUGAGAAAGUUGAUGUCUUCUCCUUCGGCAUCAUGCUCUGCGAGAUAAUUGGCCGUGUGGAAGCCGAUCCGGAUUAUAUGCCACGCAACUCGGACUUCAGCUUGAACCAGCAGGAGUUUCGCGAAAAGUUCUGCGCCCAGUGCCCGGAGGCCUUCGUCAAGGUGGCCUUUGUCUGCUGUGAUCUGAAUCCGGAUAUGCGUCCAUGCUUUGAGACGUUGUACGUGUGGCUGGAGCAGCUGCGACAGCACUUGGACGCACAGCAACAGCCGCCGGCGCGUCUGCUGGACGAAAUCGAGAACUUUCAGGACAGCUACAUCAGUUCCGAGGAUGCGCUGUCGCCGACAUCGCAGCGCAGCCUCGACAAUCUAACGAUGGCCGAGACAGCACCACAGCAGCAACAGCAGCAACAGCAGCAGCAGCAGCAGCAACAGCAGCAGGAGCAGCAACAACAGCAGCAGGAGCAAGCGAUUCAAGCCAGUCGGGCCAAUGAGGUGGAGGAGAAGGAGAAUGUGGAGCUAAUGGAGAACGUCGUAAUGCGCACCCAUGACAUACCCAAGUCUCCCCAUUUGGGCAAGGAUUUCUCGCCGAGUGGCGAACGGCUGCGCGACAGCAUGCGGGCCCGGCGCCGGCAGCGUUUCCUGGGCGCACAGCCGCAGCUGCGUGGCUUAACGCCGGAGACGACAUCCACGGAGCGAGCGCUGAAGCAGGCGCUGAAGAAAUGCCGUCCAUUUGGCGAGAAGGGCUACCUGGUGGACCUGCGUCCCGGGGCUGAGCUGCAGCUGAACGAUGUGCGGGACCUGAAUAACUAUUCCGAUGUCGACUCCAGCUGCGAUACGAGUCUCAACUACCACGAGGUGAAUGUGACGCCGACGCCGACGGUGACGCCGCCGCCAGAGGCGCCGCCCACACCGCCGCCGCUGCCCGCCGUGCCGCUCGUGCAUCAGUUGGCCUUCGAGGAUAUGCGCACGCGGCUGCAUCAGUGCCGCAGCAAGUUCGAGCACCUGGAGGAGGCGAAUCGCCGCAACUUCAGCCAGUCGCAGCACUCGAUGCGCCACUUCUUCAAGACGCCGCCGGUGGCACUGAAAAUGUUCCAGCGGCUCGAGCACGAGGCAUCCCUCAAUGGCAGCAGCUCAACGGCAGCUGCAGCCGCAGCAGCCAAGCAACGCAGCACUCAGCGCAUCAAUCAGACGCCCAUCUUUGGGCGGCGCCAGCUGCCGGCGCAGCAGCCACGCCUGCAGCACGCCGGGUCCUUCGAGCAGCUGGCGAUAGCAGCGAAGCCAGCAACAGUCGCCAAGCGCAGCAAAGCAGCCGAACAGCCAGCCACAGCACCAGCAGCAGGAGUAGCAGGAGCAGCAGGAGUAGCAGGAGCAACACCAACAGCAAUAACAGCAGCAACAGGAGCAGCAACAACUGCAGCAACGUCAGCGGAUUGCCUGGCCAAGAAGCACAAGCUGACGCUGCCACUGUCAGCCACUUGGCAGCGCCGUGCCGCUCAGCCCGUCAGCAAAGCCACAAAGCCACACAAAUCUGCAACAGCCAUAGCCAACAACAACAACAACAGCAGCAGCAAUAGCAGCAACAGCAACAACAAUAGCAGCAACAGCAAUGGAGCCUCGCCCACUCGCCACCGACCGGGCUCACCGGGCAAACAUCUCGCCCAGCGCCAUACAGCAGCGACGGCACAGCGCCAGAGCCACAAUCACGUCUCGUCUGCACCACAGCAGCUGUCGAAGAGCACACGCCUCAGCAUUCUCAGUCCGGAGAAGGUGCAUCGGCUGGGCGCUCGCCUCACCGACCAGAAGCAGAAGCUGCGCGAGGAGGCGGCAGCAGCAGCAGCUGCAGCGCUGACAGGCAACAGCAAUGGCCACGCCCACGGCCACGGACACGGACACGGUCGAGCGGUGGUCGGUGCAACGGCGGCGGCGGGCAAUAGCUUGAAUGUGGAUCGUCGACGUCGAGCACCGCCCCCACCGCCAGUGCGAACGCACUUUAAUACGCGCUGUUAACUGUUAUACACGUGUGCUAAGUGGACGUUAGCUGUGCUGCGGCUUGAAAGCAAUACAAAACUGUAAUACAUCACGGCUGUUAUACACCAGUAGUGCAGAAAUUGAUAAACAAACUGUGAAAACUGUUAUACACAGCGGCUGCUAUACACCAGUACAGUACCAGAACAAUGGCAACUAUAAAACAACAAAUGAAACUGUUAUACACGUCGGUUAUGCACUAAUCACUGUUACAUGCAUCAACAUUGAAGCACAUGUUUGAAGAACCCAUAAUUACCAUAAAUCAAAACUGUUAUACACAACAGCAACAGCAGCUACAACUUUUAUAUGCCGCUUUCAGUUGCUGUUAUAUGCGAGUGUUAAGUGCUCUAUUAUACACAAUAUGUACACAGCAGAGACAGCAACACCAACUCAUUCCAACAACUGUUAUACGCAGCUAUGAUGGCCUAAUAGUGCGCCACUAAUGUGUUAUACACAUCAACAUAAAAAGCGAUACACAGGAGCAGCAGCAGCGAAUCACCAAAUCAUCAUUUCCACAAACUGUUAUACACGACAUUCCACAGUUGCAAACAUUCCCACAUGCAUUGCAUCGAUAACACGAAAGCAAAUU